UGCUGUGUGGAGGAAGUGAGAAAGGAGCUGUGUGAAAUGCCUGAGACCACUUCUUGCCUCAUGGAUACUCUGUCUUCGAAUGACUCUCUCACUCUCGUUCAAGCGGUCCGCCUCCUGAACACAGUGGCCUGGGACGUGGUUCACCAAGUGGAGGAACGCGAUCCGUCUCCCCAUUGGCUGGCGAGGGCCGUGGAUGACCUUCAACUGUCAUCAAGGCUCGCUUACAUUCUGCUGUCCUCGACUCGACCUGAACUACUCUGCUGCACCCUCGAUCUCAUGAAUACGCUCUGUGUGCAUGCGCCUUCCUUCAGCGACAAGGACUUCAGUCGCUAUUUUGCCAACGAGGACAUAGCGUUCGGUCUGCUGGCCGCUUGGAGGCAGUUGUUCAGGGGCGGUAGCGGAGGCGGAUUGGAGGCGGCACACGCGGAUGUGCCAGCCAAGGCGUUGCGGAAGGCGGCCGAUCAGUGGGCGGCCAUUUUGAGCGCAUUUUCCGGACACGAGAUCGGCAAAAGUGUGCUGUGUUUGAACGCUGAGAAAAUCACUUCAAUUCUGAACACAAUGCUGUAUCUAUCAGAAGACAACGAAGAUAUGCUGAGAGAUACCGUAGCAGUUCUAGAAGCUAUCAUUCCUAGUGGCUCUGAUAUUCCUACGAUUCUGCCCAAAUUAUUGAGGAUAUUGCACGAAUUGGAUAGAAAACCAAAGAAUGACGAAGCAAUGUCAGAAGACUCGGAAAACCUAACCUUGAGAGAGGCACUGGAAAACUACUUUGAAUCGCUCAUAAUCCAUGUAGGAAACAAAUCAACUAUGGAAACCCAUAUGACACAGUGCGACGAGAAUUUGAAACAUCUUUUCUGGACAAUUAUUGAGCGCAGAGAUCCUGAAUUGCUUCAGGAACAGGUUGAAGCUAUAGUUGCGGACGAGGAACCCAAUCAGCAUAGUAUAUAAUAUAGUUUCUUUACGACUAUUUUAUAAUAUUAACAUUAGAAUUCGUAAAAUACUUCACUUGUGUGGGCUACGUUUUUAUAAAUUAUUAAAAACAAUAUAAAAACAUGAAACACACUUUUAUUUAAAAUAUUUC